AUGUCCCAGAUCUCUGUUCGCCAGCUUGUCAAUCCCUCCUCGGAAGAGCUUGAUAAAGCUGCCGAGACGCUUGCUGCAUCAUUUGAAAACGACGUCUUCACGUUCUGCUGUAUCGGGGGCGACAAGCCCCAGAACCUCCUCUUUCAGAGAGCGACCCUUGCCGCGGCCGCGGUUGCGGGACAGAUAUGGGUAGCAAGUCACGGAGACAAUGAAUUCGCUGCCGUCGCAGCUUGGUACGGCCCAGGUCGAGGCCUUCUCGAUAGUCCAGAUCAGGGAGAGGCAGGCUUCAAUGCCAUGUUCGCUGCCUUCCCGAUUGAGUUAACGCGGUGGUGGACAGAAUACUAUGGUGCCAUGUGUGUCACAGCCCUAGGAGAAGGGACCAAGGUCAACGGCUGGCAUCUACAGCUCCUUGGUACUCACCCCAAGCAUCAGAAUCAAGGUCUUGCAAAGGCAGUCACGGCACCGAUUCUCGAGAAAGCAAAGGAAGAUAACAAGAUUCUCUGCCUUGAAACUGCGACAGAAGUCAAUGCAAGUCUCGAUCUACAAGAAGAUGGGUUGGAAGGUGAGACACGGUCCGGAACAGUAUGA